GUUGAAUUUUAGAGGUUAUGGGGAGGGGGGCGUUGAAUUAUACGUUACAGCUUUGGUUGGGACCCUGAUUUCCUUCUGAUCCUGACACACAUACAAACACACAAACACACACAGCACUCUGACAGACUGACAGAGGACGGACGGACGAAGCAAGCAGGAACCUGUUAGAGGACAACAAAGAAAAAAGAAAGAAGGUAAAAGAAAGCUCAAAGAAGUGAAGCUGAGAAAGCAAAGGAAGGGAAGAAGAGCAGGAAUCAGCAGGGAGAAAGAGGUGUGCUGUGUUUAAGCGAAACCCCCAACAAAAUCCCAAACCAGUCAAAGCACUUCCCUCAGAGAAACACCUCAGAAAACAUUUUUCAUUUCAUUUUGUUGAUCAGCUGGACUUUAGCAAGUGAACAGGUUUCCCUGUUUGUCUAGAAAAGUAGACUUAAAACCUACAAAAAACAACCUCAACACUCACACAAUGGCCCCCAAGAAGAAGGCCUCCCGUCAGAAGAAGCCUGCCAUGGAAACCACCCCUCAGGUCGCCAUGGAGACCGUCCCAGUCCAGCUGAAGAUGGAGAGCCGUGGUGACGGUGUGGUGGUGGUGGAGGGCGGGAUGAAGAAGAUCGAGCAGAUGGCGGCGCUGGACAUCGCUCAGCUGAACAGCCUCAACCUGCCGCUGCCGCCGCCGGUCAUCAAGCCUGGAGAGAGAGGCCUCGGCCUGGGCAGCGAGCUGACACGGCCCCUACACGGCAACGCCCUGCUGGAGGAGCUCAGCAAGAUGCGGCAGGAGAAGUUCCUCACUGAUCUGGAGUUGGCCUGUAAGACGAAGGCCUUCGACGUCCACAAGCUUGUCAUCUCCUCCAUCAGUCAGUACUUCAGAGAGAUUUUGGCUAAAGACCCGAGCAUGAAGCGCCUGGAGCUCCCCUCCCUCUCACCUCUAGGCCUCGCUAACGUCAUCACCUUCGCCUACCUGGGUCGCGUCCACAUGUCCCUCUACACCAUCGGUUGCACCGUCUCUGCCGCCGCCACCCUGCAGAUCUCUCAGCUCCUCAAGAUGUGCAUGGACUUCCUGCUGGCCGAGCUCAACGUGCAGACCUGCGUCUACAUCUGGAACAUCGCCGCCGCCUACGGCCUUAGGCCGGUGUGUGAUGCCGCCCGCCGCUUCGUCCUGGAGAACUUUGUGCAGUUCGCCGACACGCCGCUGUUCAACCAGCUGACCCUGGAGCAGAUCUCCGCCUUCCUGCAGGACGACUCGCUGCUGUUGCCUUCAGAGGUCACCGCCUUCCAGCUGGCCAUGAGGUGGCUUGACUUCGACGCCUCUCGUCAGGGCCACGCCACAGAGCUGCUGUCUCACAUCCGCUUUGAGACGAUCCCGGCCAGCGAGCUAGUGAGCCAGAUCCAGCCGGUGCCCCGCAUGAUGAUGGACCCUCACUGUCACCGCCUGCUGGUGGACGCCAUGAACUACCACCUGCUGCCCUACCAGCAGAACACCCUGCAGUCCCGACGCACACAGGUCCGCGCCAGUCAGCAGACUCUGCUCACCAUCGGGGGUCGACCAUCACUCACCGAGAGAGCUCUCAGCCGCGAGGUGCUGUGGAGAGACCCUCGUGAAGGAGGAGCCACCUGGCGUCACCUCACUCAGCUGCCGGCGAAGAGCUUCAACCAGUGUGUGGCUGUGAUGGACGGCUUCCUGUACGUGGCUGGAGGAGAGGACCAGAAUGACGCCCGCAACCAGGCCAAGCACGCCGUCAGCACCCUCAGCAGAUAUGAUCCUCGCUUCAACACCUGGCUCCACCUGGCCAGCAUGCGUCAGCGCCGCACCCACUUCUCUCUGACAGCCAGCGGCGGCCGCCUGUUCGCCAUCGGCGGCCGCAACGUUGAGGGUCUGCUGGCCACCACCGAGAGCUACCUGCCCUCCUCCAACACCUGGCAGAUGCGUGCCCCCAUGGAGGUGCCCCGCUGCUGCCACUCCAGCGCCACCCUGCCCUCCGGAGACAUCCUGGUGACCGGCGGGUACAUCAACUGCGCCUACUCCCGCUCUGUGGCAUGCUAUAACGUAGACACCGACACGUGGAUCGAGAAGGCCUCCAUGGAGACACCCCGCGGCUGGCACUGCUCCGGCGCCCUCGGAGGGAAGGUGUAUGUGGUGGGAGGAAGCCAGCUGGGGCCCGGCAGUGAGCGGGUGGAUGUGCUCUCUGUGGAGGUCUUCUCCCCGGAGAGUGGUGCCUGGAGCCGGGCCGCCCCUCUCCUUCUCGGUGUGAGCACCGCCGGUCUGUCCCCGCUGGCCGACAAGCUGUACCUGCUGGGAGGCUGGAAUGAGGCAGAGAAGCGCUACAAGGCGGCCGUCCAGAAGUAUGACCCGGCCACAGACAGCUGGUCCAUGGCCGAGGAUCUGCCCGAGCCCACUGUGGGAGUGUCCUGCUGCACCCUGACCCUGCCGCCCCGCCACACACCGCGCCGCCAGCAGCACCGCAACACCCCAGCCCACGAAGAACAGCAGCAGGCCGGGAAGAAC